AUGGAAGCUAUCAAGUUCGAAAAGUCGGGCCAGCGACAUUCUCUUACAGGACAAUACACUGCUCCCAGAGCCAUAUUGGAAUCGACUGUAGGGAAAGAUGAGGGGGAUGAUGAGUUGACAGCCAACCAGAAGCAACGAAGCUUGUAUAAUAAACAGUCUGAUUAUCAUAAGAGAAGGUUCCUUAGGAAUUUGGAUGAAGAAGUGGAUGAAGAGCAAGUGAAAGAUGUGAAAAGAAGGAAAACCGAUAAGGAUGGUGAUAAGGAAGAGGAAAGUGGCGGUGGAUAUACGAUGCCCAAGACUUCGCAGCAUAUUAUAACUGAGCUCUCGGAAGAGAUGGUUACUGAAGUUCCAGGGGUACGUAAUCUUCAGUUCUUUAAGCCUUCAGACAGACAACAUUUCGCAAUUUUGUUUGAUGAAAGGUCUCCAGAAGAUAUGACUGAAGAGGAAAGGAAACAGAAACAGGUUUUAAAAUUGGUACUUAAGGUGAAAAAUGGGUUACCAAGCUCUAGGAAAAUAGCUCUCAGAGCACUCACUCAAAAGGCACCCUCUUUCGGGGCACCAUUGUUAUUUGAUUCGAUCUUGCCCAUUCUUCUCGAUAAAACACUUGAAGAUGAAGAGCAUCAACUAAUGUUGAAACUUAUGGAUAGAAUUCUUUUCCAGCUCCAGGAUUUGGUAAAACCAUAUACACAUAAGCUCCUAAUAGUAUUAUGUCCUAUGCUUAUAGAUCCUGUGCCCUUGACUAGAUCUACAGGUAGAGAUAUUAUAACUACUUUGGCAAAAGCCGUGGGACUACCGACAAUGAUAUACACAAUGAGACCAGAUCUCGACCAUGAGGAUGAGUAUGUGCGAAACACGACGGCGAGAGCAAUGGCCGUUGUAUCGAAAGCCUUCGGGGUAAGUCAAACAAUACCAUUCCUACGAUUGGUUUGUAGAUCGAAAAAGAGCUGGAAGGCAAGACAUACUGGGAUAAAGAUAAUUCAGCAAAUUGCUAUUUUAGUAGGGAUUGGUAGCUUACCAUACCUCGACGAUCUUAUCGCAUGUAUAGAGAAGGGAUUUCAAGAUGAACAUCCUCCAGUGAGAAUCAUAGCCGCUCAAACAGUGUCAUCAUUGGCACAAAGCUGCCAGCCAUAUGGUAUUGAGCGCUUUAAUCCGGUCCUCGAACCACUUUGGAGAGGUGUUAAACAAAACAGGGGAAGAGAACUAGCUGCAUUUUUGAAGGCUCUAGGAUUUCUCAUUCCGUUGAUGGAUCCCGAAUAUGCGUCGUAUUACGCUGAAGAAGUGAUGAAGAUUGUAAAGAGAGAAUUCAAUUCACCGAACGAAGAUAUGAAGAAAACGGUUCUAUUUGUUAUACAAAAGCUUUCCGUGACUGAAGGUGUAACACCUCAGUAUCUGAGAAAAGAGCUAGCAGCAGAGUUUUUCAAACAAUUUUGGGUUCGUAGAUCGGCUUUGGAUCGUCAACUCAACAACAUAGUAACAUUUACUACUGUUUUAUUGGCUAAUAAGACUGGAGCUGCAUUCACGCUUGAAAAGCUUAUAUAUCCAUUAAAGGAUGAAUCUGAACCGUUCAGAACAAUGGGUGCACAUGCAGUUAACAGAGUUGUGAAAGCAUUAGGAAUGACAGAUGUUGAUGAAAGGCUUGAAGCGAGGUUGCUUGAUGCUUUACUUAUUGCAUUCCAAGAUCAAACGAAUGGUGAGAGAAUUGUCUACAGAUCUAUUGGAACUGUCGCCAAAUCUUUGAAUACCAGAAUGAAACCGUAUAUUUCGCCGGUGUCAAGUAUUAUUCUAGAACAUUUGAAACACAAAAAACCUUUGGUUAGAACACAUGCGGCGAGUUUAUGUGCCCUCUUGAUCCCGGUUUUCAAACACUGUGAAGAAACAGCUCUUAUCAAUAAAUUCAACAUUAUCCUUUUUGAAUCGUUAGGCGAAGUUUAUCCAGAGGUGUUAGCUGCAAUCAUUUCCGCAAUGGACAAAGCUGCUGCACAGAUAAGGCUAACUGACUUACAACCACCUCCGAAUCAAAUUUUACUAUCAUUGACACCAAUUUUGAGAAACAACCAUCCUUUAGUCCAGGAAUCUACUGUUAAACUUGUUGGAAGAAUUGCCAGGCGUGGGCCUGAAUAUGUUUCUCCUAAAGAAUGGAUGCGCAUUUGUUCUGAGCUUUUGGAAAUGUUAAAAAGUCCUGUGAAGUCCAUCAGGGUGGCAGCGAACAGAACAUUUGGAUAUAUUGCCAAAGCGAUAGGACCUCAGGAUGUUUUGGUAACGUUGUUAAAUAAUUUGAAGGUGCAAGAACGUCAACUUCGUGUUAACACCUCUAUUGCAAUUGGUAUCGUUGCUAAGACAUGUGGGCCAUUUGUUGUCAUACCUGCAUUGAUGAAUGAAUACAGAACACCUGACACAAACGUACAGAACGGUAUUUUAAAGGCACUUGCCUUUAUUUUAGAAUACAUUGGUCCCAUGUCUAAGGAUUACAUUUAUCCACUUAUACCGUUGUUGCAGGAUGCUCUAACAGAUAGGGACUUGGUUCAUCGACAAACUGCAGCAACCUGCAUAAAGCAUUUAGCUUUCAAUUGUGCAGGAAGAGGAUUAGAGGACGCGUUCAUCCAUUGCAUGAAUUUAUUAUUGCCAAACGUCUUUGAAACUUCACCUCAUGUUAUUUCCAGAAUCCUAGAGGGGCUAGAAGGACUAAGAAUGGCUCUAGGACCAGGUGUUUCUAUGAAUUAUGCCUGGGGAGGUUUAUUUCAUCCUGCUAAGAAUGUUCGGAACGCAUAUUGGAAACUAUAUAACGGAGCAUACGUCGCUCAACCAGAUGCUUUGGUUCCGUACUACCCUGUCAAUGAGGUAGAAGAGCUUAACUUGUUAUUAUAA